AUGGAGUCGCUGCCCCCCGUGCAGGAUGUCAGUGGUGCCGAUGCGCCACAUGUUGAUGCGGGGGAGGUCAUGCAGCUCGUGCUGCACUGGCUGGCGGCGGGGCCGUGCAGCGGGGCGGCAGCUGCCCUUCAGAGGGAGGCGGAGGCGUUGGGGCUGCUGCCAAAGCGCCACGACGUGCGAGGCGGCGCGUCAGCCCAGACGUACCGGCGGCUUGCCGCCGCCCAGCCGCACCUCCCGGGCGACGCGCUGCCGCAGCUGCUGCAGCAAGUUUUGGCGGCCAAGCGGCUGUGCGGCGCGCCCGGCGCGGCGGGCCUCACCUCCCUGCUCGCGGAAGGCCCCCUUGCCACCAUCCCGCACCUCGCCGCCGCGUUCCCGCCGCCGCCGCCCCGCGCCCUCCGCGCGCCGUUCGCGUCCGCCGCCCUCCCGGAGUGCCUGCUGCUGCGCCAGGCGGGCGCUGCGGCGGCGCGCGGCGCGGCGCCGCCGCCGUCCUUUGUGGCGGGCCGCAUGCAGCGGCACACGACGGUGCGCGGCCACCGCCUUGCAGUGUACUGCGUCGCAUUCGACCGGCGGGGCGGGCUGGUCAUCACCGGCGCUGAUGACUACCUAGUCAAGAUCUGGGACGUGCGCACGGGGCUGCUGCGCGCGUCCUGCCGGGGCCACGAUCAGGAGGUGACUGAUCUGGCGGUUUCGGGGGACAACCGCCUGGCGGCCUCCGGGUCGCUGGACAGGAGCAUUCGCGUCUGGAACCUCCAG